ACCCUUGCUUUCUAUAUAAAAUUAACACAUUUAGUCCAUUUAGUUAUAUCGUUUUGUUUUGUUAUAUUCUUUUCAGGUGUCUGUUUUAUACUCGCCAAAUUUAUUUCCACUAUUCAUAAGUAUAAUAAACGUAUAACAUCUCAAACUAAUCCUGACUUUCUUUUUCUUUACAGUAUCCUCCUGGUAGCGGUGGCCAUCUUCUCUCUAUACUCUGUGCACUUACUGCUAAAAACUGCCAAUGAAGGAGGGGCUCUUGUGUACGAACAACUUGGGUACAAAGCGUUCGGAAUGCCUGGAAAACUUGCUGCUUCUUGCUCCAUCACUAUGCAGAACAUUGGAGCCAUGUCCAGCUACCUCUUCAUUGUCAAGUAUGAGCUGCCACUGGUGAUCAAGGCAUUCAUAGGAACGAGCAAUGAUGAAUGGUACACUAACGGAGACUACCUUGUCCUGAUUGUAUCUCUUGUGAUCAUCCUGCCUCUUUCUCUCCUCAAAAAUCUCGGUUACCUUGGUUACACGAGUGGGCUGUCCCUCCUCUGCAUGGUCUUCUUCCUGAUUGUGGUGAUAAUAAAGAAGUUCCAGAUCCCGUGCCCGCUCCUGCCGAUGGACGACGAAAUGGUGAAUGAGACUUUGAGUAGAGUUUAUCAUGCUACUCAAAGUCAUCUGAACAGUACGUUCCCACACUUCAACCACACCACCAAGGACGACGAGGAUGUCUGCACGCCCAAAUAUUUCGUCAUCAACUCUCAGACUGUGUACGCUGUGCCCAUCCUGACCUUUGCCUUCGUGUGCCAUCCCGCUAUCCUGCCCAUGUACGAGGAGCUCAAAGACCGUUCCCGUAAAAAGAUGCAGAAUGUGGCCAAUGUCUCCUUCAUGUCGAUGUUCGUCAUGUACCUUUUGGCUGCUCUUUUCGGAUACCUCACUUUCAACACUCACGUGGAGCCCGAGCUGCUGCAUACUUACUCUAAGGCUUACAAGUUUGAUGUGGUCCUGCUCAUCGUGCGAUUGGCCGUCCUCACCGCUGUGACACUCACUGUCCCCGUGGUGCUCUUCCCUAUCCGUACCUCUGUGAACCAACUCAUGUGCGCCUCCAAAGAGUUCAGCUGGGUGCGUCACACUAUCAUCACUUUUGUGCUUCUGGCUGGAACCAACGCCCUCGUCAUCUUCGUGCCCACGAUCAGAGACAUCUUUGGGUUCAUCGGUGCCUCUGCUGCUGCGAUGCUCAUCUUCAUCCUGCCCUCUGCUUUCUACAUCAAACUGGUCAAGAAAGAGUCCAUGAAGUCUAUGCAAAAGAUGGGGGCUACUGCUUUCCUGAUCCUUGGGUUCAUAGUGAUGAUCGGCUGCAUGACUCUUAUUGUUCUCGACUGGACCACCAGCCCCACAGACAUCCACGAUGGGCACUAGAUCGUCACUGUUUUCACCCCAAAUGCUGCCUGUGCAAAAAGACUUGUGCACUGGACUGCUUUAAAAACUCCAAAACAUUUUUCAAGAAACAUUUUACUAAAGCAAGAAAACAACACUUUCAGCUCGGACAAUGUGAGCCGCAAACCAAUGCCAUUCCCAGUGAAUGUAUCUGAACUUUGUAUAGUUUUAUCUUCAUAGGCCACGUAAGCUGGCAUUUUACUUGUUUUUACUUUAACUGUAAUAUAUUUUUAUGUCUUUUGCUUAUUUUUAUUCUUGCUUUUUGUAGUUGGGUACAAAUGCAUUUUUGAAGGUGCCUCGAAUCUAAAAUAAUACUAGUUUAGCUCAGGUACAUAGAUGUAUAAUGCCUGCUAAACAAAAAUCACUGUAGAACACUUUUUGAGGCGACAAACUUGAAUUCUUAAAAUAGUUUAAUAAUUUUCCCAACCAUCCGAACUGGAAUACUUGAUUUUUUUCCGUUGAUUCAAAAGUAAUAACCAAAAUUUUCUUAAUUGUCGCAAACAGUAGAUUUUAACAGCUUGAAAGUGCAUUAAGUUAGGGUGACCAUAUUCCCAAUAACAGUUUUAUUUUUGUGAUCUCAAAUGACAAAAUUUGGUCUUAACUACAAACUUGAUUAGCCAUUUAAAAUAGCAAUACCACCUGUGGUUUAUUGUAAUUAUAAUUUUUUACUAAUUUUGUUUUGUACAUAAAGAAAUGUGUCAUAUUUUUUCAUAUUUGGGAGAUAUGGUCACCCUAGAUUAAGUUCCUUCCAACUUCUUGCUUUUACUUUGCCAAAAUGUUCAUUGUAAAGCUUUUUUUUUUUUAAAUCAAGAAGCACUUACAGCCUACAGCACAUGCAAAAUCAAAAACUUUCAGUAUUGCCAUGUACAUUACACUGGGCUACUGUAUUUAACCUUAUAACCUGCUGAACACAAUGUGUAGAGAAGAAAUUACACUACUGUUUUAAACCUGGAGCCUGUUCUGGGCCUUUUUAAAGCUUUUUUUUUUUUUUUCAUUAUGGGAGAAUUUAUAUGAAUUUGACCACAUGCAGUGGUUGUGAUACCUGUUAAACUUGCAAAAAACAAAACAUCUAAAACGUGAAGAGGCUCUUCAUCGGCAAACACCAAAACCAUGACGACCAUAAGUGUUUUUGAAGUGUUCACCUGUUCCACAGCACAGAUCUGUCAGCAAAGACCUUCAAACUUGACUUUUUGAGUUUUGAGCCCUGACACUGUGCUUCCAAUGCGAACAAAGCACCAUCUAUUUAUGACAGAAACAGUGAAUCAAUGUAAUUUAUACUAUUUUACUAUAUUUAUAUAAUAUUGUAAGUGUAUAUAUAAAUGUACAUAUCUAUAUGGUCUUGUAUAUAUAUAUGUUUUGUCUGGACUUUUUUACAAACGCAUUGGAGUUGGAUCAAAAUACUGGUGAAUUUGAUACAAUGUUGCUCCAAUGCAGUUGAGUCUUAAAGUUGUUCAUCUCAUCAGACUGACUGAAAUCCUGCUGUUACAAAUACAGACACUUUGUUCCUUUUUGAGCCUGAAAUCAAAUGUUUUUGGUUCUUUACGCACAUCACAGGACCUCAGGAGCAAAGAGGGCGUAGCCCGCCAGUGUUACACUUGUUUCAAUGAAACACUUUGUAUAUUCUGUAAUUAUUAAUGCCCAAUAAACUGAAACAAAAGAAAUAUAA